AUGGCACCAAAGAUCGCUAUCGUCUUCGUAUGUCUUGCCCGCGAACCCUGCUCAUCAAGCCCCCAAUGGCUCUCGUGAAGCUAUGACCAGCGUUGAGAGACCUCACCUUCCCCUUCCCCUUCCCCUCUGACCUUCACCAUCUCUCACGACGGCACCCUGACAAUGUCUUCUAGUACUCCACCUGGGGCCACGUCAAGCAGCUCGCCGAGGCCGAAGCAGCAGGCAUCAAGGCCGCCGGCGGCACCUGCGAUCUCUUCCAGAUCCCAGAGACGCUCCCCGACGAUGUCCUGACCAAGAUGCACGCUCCUCCCAAGGACUCCAGCGUCCCCGUCGCCGACCCGAAGGUCCUCGAGCAAUACGAUGCCUUCCUCUUCGGCAUUCCAACCCGUUACGGAAACUUCCCCGCACAGUGGAAAGCGUUCUGGGACUCGACGGGGGGUCAAUGGCAGACGGGCGCGUACUGGGGCAAGUACGCUGGUCUGUUCGUCUCCACUGGUACUAUGGGCGGUGGUCAGGAGACCACUGCCAUCAAUGCCAUGAGCACUCUUGCUCACCAUGGUUUCAUCUACGUGCCAUUGGGUUACAAGACAACGUUCGCCAUUCUCGCUGAUUUGAGCGAGGUGCGCGGCGGUACCCCGUGGGGUGCUGGUACCUUCUCGGUAAGCUCUACAAACCCCAGGCACAUGCGACGAUAUCGUGAAGCUGACAUUAUCACAACAGGCCGGUGACGGAUCCCGCCAACCCAGCCAGAAGGAACUCGAGCUCGCCAAACUCCAAGGCGAGGCUUUCUACGGCCACGUCGCCAAGGUCAACUUCUCCGCGUGA